AUUUCUGUUGAUUUCAAAAUUUAUGGAUUUGGAUUGUCUUUAACAAUAUUCUACUGAACUAUGAUUAGGCUCACCGGAAUUAGGGAAAAAAAAUCUGGCAAGAUAAAAUUCAAUCCACAAAUUAUAACAUUUCCAAUCCAACAAGACUUUCACGAACAAGAAUUAAGCUCUCAACACUACACUACACUACACUAAGCAUACAGUGCGCGCUACCCACUAUCAAACUUCUCAAUGCUCAUUCAAGAACUCUUCAAUGGCGACUCUUUAUCGAUAUCCGUGUUUCUUUUCACUUUCUUCUCGUAAAAUCUCCUUGAAUCAAGAAGAUUUCAAGAUAAACUGGAAUACCCAUUAUCAGCAUUACCCACCUCAAAAACAUUUCAGGAUUUGUGUUUGUGAGGCCAAGAAAUCAAGGUUGUUAAUUUAGGGGCAGGAGAAAGGUGAAGAGUAACGCAGAGCUUUGUAAUGAUAUUCGAGAAUUCGUGUCUGCUGUUGGACUUCCAGAAGGUCAUGUCCCCUCAAUGAAGGAGCUUUCUAACCAUGGAAGAAAUGAUCUUGCACACAUUGUGAGGCGGAGAGGAUAUAAACUUCUUAAAGAUUUGCUCUCGAACUAUAUUAAAGCAGAGACGGAUGGGUCCAAUGCAAAGAAAAGUUUAGCUGAAGGACACGACAUGAUUAAUGGUCAUGCAGAUAUACCAGCAGAAGGCCCGGAUGAAAAGGUGGAGGAUGUUGUUGAAGAUAGCUCUUUCUCAACUGAAGUUCCCAUCAUCAGCGUAAUCCCUGAUUGCAACAGCAGUGACCACAGUUCCAUGCCUACAGAAUCGUUGGUUAGGGAUGUUACCUCUUUGACAAACUCAUAUAGUAUACAACAGCAGGAUGAGGAGGUUGAAUAUGUGGUUGAAGACAGUUCCUUGUCAUUUCACUGUGGCAGUGCAAAACAACAGGGUGGAGAGGUCUCAAGCAUGGCUGAUGAUAAUUCCUUAUCAACUGAAGUUUUGGUCGUGGAUAACUCUUAUUGCAAUUUGAAUGGGUACCCCAGUCUCAACUUUGAUGGCAAUACGUGCAUGCCUGUAGAAACUCCAGUGAAUUUUUCCUCAGAGGAAAAGGCCUUAAACAAUUCAGAAGUUCAGGAUGAGAAGGUCAAUAUUGUGGUUGAAGACAUCUCAUUUCCGGCUGGAGUUUUGAACUCAGAACAUCCUGCCAAUAAUGCUGACGUUGUUCCAGGUCUCAACCUUGCUUAUCAUAGUUAUAUUCCUAUGAAUCCUGCUGCCAAUUCAUCUUUGGAGGAUAAGGUGGCUAGGUUUAUUCUAAAUGGAGAUUUGGAUGCUAUUGAAGAUAAUGUCCAUGGCAUGUUUGAUGGGAAUACUGAAGGACCUGAGGGAUUUAAUCAACCAAGGAAUGAGAAUGAAAUUCAGUCAAAGACCCCUUCUGAAGAGAACUUUGCACAUGCAGUUAGCAGAAGUAAUACUGCUUUGGCAUUAAACUGGAGUACGUUCACAUCCGAGCACAUUAUGUCACCUGCGAGGGUAAACUUCCCAAUUAGGAACAAUGGUUUGCCAGCUGAAGGGUCAGCCAGUUCUGAUCUAGACAAGGAUUUGGAUGUUGAGACAAGCAAAAGGGAGAAUCAGGUUGAAAUUGAUCAUCUCAAAUUCAUGCUGCAUCAAAAGGAGUUGGAACUUUCCCGCUUGAAGGAACAAAUUAAGAAGGAACAGCUUGCUUUAUCUGAUUUACAAGCCAAGGCUGAAACAGAGAUUAGCAAAGCUCAAAAACUCAUCUCAGAAAAAGAUGCUGAAUUACUUGCUGCUGAAGAAGGCUUAUCUGGAUUAGUGGAGGUUAAGAUCCAAUACAGUGGGGAUGGAGAAAUUGUGGAGGUGGCAGGUAGCUUCAAUGGCUGGCAUGAACGGAUUAAAAUGGAUCCUCAGCCAUCUUCUAGUGUUCCAGAUACUGGAUCAAGGAAAUCCAAACUUUGGUCAACAAUGCUCUGGCUUUAUCCCGGUGCAUAUGAGAUAAAAUUUAUUGUUGACGGCCAAUGGAGAAUUGACCCUCAUAGAGAGUCGGUUACUAGGGGUGGAAUUUCUAACAAUGUUCUCCGAGUUGUUGGAUGAACGUCUUCUGGGUCUUUUUAUGCAUGGAAGACAUUCUGUUGUCCAUCCAAUCUCAAGCACAUUGAUCGAUCAGUUCAUAUUUUAGUACCAUCUAAUGGGGGAAGAACAUCAAACCAUGGAGCCUAUGUUGACAAAUUUAAAUUUUAAUGCAAAUUCUGUAGAUUCUGGAUCAAUUCUUCUAUUGCAUGCCAUGCAGUGUAUAGGGAGUUUCAUAUGAUAGAGUAGAGUAGUUAUGUGAUUCUUGAUGAGUUGAAAUUUUGUGAAUUAGUAAAAUGGAUGUAGCCAAAAAUGAGUUUGUAAAUUCUGAAUUAGCAAGAAUGGGUUUAGCAGAGAUUUGGACAGGCCAGGAGCUAUAUCUUCUGAAUUCUUUACCAGAUAGAAGCAAUGAGCAUGUGAAUGGUAGUUGAUGGAAUAAUCUUGUAUUAUUAAUGUAGUUCUCCAUUUCAGAAUUAACAAAUUACUAUUGACAAUUUCUAAAAUAAUAUCGUUGUUCUUGUAUAAUUAAUGCAAGAAUGUUGAGGGUUGUGAUGAGCUA